CCCUUUAAACCCCCCUGCCACUGCGUUACUCACCUCAGCCACCUCGCAGAGACAAACCCAAGAGCCAUGAGCAAGUGGUGGUGCAUCGCCUCCCUCCUGCUGUGCCUCGCCGUGGCGGUGGCCGGCAGGGGCAUGCCUGCCGGGGACGACUGCGACACCGUUGCUCUUGCUGCCGGUCGCAACAACCAAGACGGUGCUGGUUUCGGCGAAGCCAAGACCGCCUUUGCUGGGAGCAACGGUGGUGACGGCGGCCUCUUCGGCGGUGCCGUCAACGGUGGCCCUCUCGGCGGGGGCGUCGCUGGCUUUGGUCCGCACGGCGGGUUUGGUGCCGGCGCUGGGCCCUUCGGUGGGUUUGGCGGCGGCUUCGGCGCUGGUGGCGGAGGUGGAGGAGGGGGAGGCGGUGGCGUGAUACCUUGAGGUGGCCGGGAUACGAGCGCGUUUGUGAACGUGGUAGUAGCUGUACGUACGUGUGUCCCUGCUUUCAUUUACAUGCAUCUGUUAGUGUGAUAAGAAGUCCUUUGAUUAGCUGCGUGAGCAUGCAUGUGUGGCUCGUACGUGUCAUGAUGUCAUUGGCCUCCGGGUGUGCGUAUCUGAUUGGUUAAGGUAUAAUGAAAGCAGUGGUGUGUGA